CCCCAACAAUUGUCCGGAAUCUUACUACAUUAAGGGAAGCAAUAACUGACAGAAGUAUUGUAUUAUUUUGGAAAGAACCUAAAAUACCACAUGGACUCAUUAAACAUUAUGUCGUGCGAUACAGACAUGCGCAAUCAACAAGAGUUGAGGUUAAGCAGGAAACAGGAACCGCCACUGCUAUUGACAACCUAACUAGGGGUACUGAAUAUAAUAUCAGCGUUGCGGCCUUUACCAUUUCAGAGGGACCAUCUGCAACAAUCUUAGCAAGAACUUUAUCACAAGCACCACCUCCCCCUCAAAGUCAAAUUGGUGCAAUAGUUGGUGGGACGAUAGGUGGCCUACUGUUUCUUGUGAUUUUGGUCGCCAUCAUCUUAUUUCUGGUCAUCAGAAGAAAAAGAAGCAUUGAUGUAAACAAAGACAAAGAUCCAGUCCUGUUAGAAUAUGAUAACAAGGAGAGAGGGAGGUCAAAGAUGUCCAGUAUUGCAGCGGGAAAAACAGGUAGUUAUGGCAACGAUCCAUAUAUGCCUGAACAUGAUCAGAGGCUGUGGAAGGACAAAAAGUUUUAAGUCAUAAACUACUUCAGACUGAGAAAAAAUAU